AUGAAAAGUGACAAAAAAACACAGGAUUUUAAUUGGUGUGAAUAUAUUCUGACCGUUUUAAGGCGUACAAGAAGACAAUGGCCUGGAAAUGAGAAGCUCUUCAAUGGACCUAUUGCAUUGUUAGCGAUACUAUAUGCUUACAAAAAACAAGGAUUUGACGAUGCUGAAAACACUGAAGAGUUCUCUCUUGAUAAAAUUGACUCUACAACAUUACAAGAAUUUGAAGAUGAAUUGGAAAUUGCUGCGCAAAAUGAGGGGAGAUGUCUUGUAAUGGAUAAAAAGAAAAAAGUCAGAAAGAAUAAACAAAAAAAGAAAGAUGAAAAGGAUGAAUUUUAUGUUUAUCCAACUGAAUCCGAGAAUGAAAACGAAGAAAUUUUUGAAAAUGAAUCUGAAGAAAAUGAUGAAGACGAUGCUGAAGAACAACCAAUCACAUUACUUAAAGCUGCAAUAGACUGGAUUGAUCAAGAGAAUCAAGAAAAUGUUCAAAACAGCCCAAUUAAAACCAAUGAAGCUGAGAAAACACAAACAGAAAGUGGAGGAUCAUGGGGGCAAUUCUUCAUUAAACCAUCAAUAGGAAAUAAAGAUAAAAUGUAG